ACUCCAUUUAGAAAUGUCACUGUAAACAAACUACAACUCCCGUGCCGUGUUUUCCUGAAGCCUUACUGACAAUAUGGCUGCGUCCUCUGUUGCAGCAAGUGAACUGCUGCAUAAUACGAGUAAACAUUUGUCAGUAUUAUAUUCAAAGGCUCCGUGUGUAAUUAGACAAAUAAGUACAUGUUUACGGUGUUAUAAUCAACCGCAGCUGAGAGCAGAAAGUGCUUCUCAGCAGCUGGUUGGAGUGGUUGGCUUGGAAAUUCAUGCCCAGAUUAACUCCAACACCAAGCUGUUUUCCAGCUCACCGGUUUGCUUCUUAGCACCUCCUAACUCCCUGGUGUCAUUCUUUGAUGCAUCUUUACCUGGCACGUUACCCGUCCUGAACAGACGAUGUGUCGAGGCAGCCGUGAUGACAGGGCUGGCUCUUGAUUGCACUAUAAACAGGAAGUCCCUUUUUGACAGGAAACAUUACUUCUACGCUGACCUCCCUGCUGGAUACCAGAUCACCCAACAACGGCGGCCCAUUGCUGUAGAUGGCAUGCUGACUUACAGCCUCCUUGGAGGAAUAAAGAGAAGCCAGGUGAUCAAGAAGAAUGUCCACAUCAAGCAGAUUCAGCUGGAGCAGGACAGUGGCAAGAGUCUCCACGAUGACGUCCGCAGCCAGACGCUCAUAGAUCUCAACAGAGCAGGUGUAGGUCUAAUGGAGCUGGUGAUGGAGCCAGACAUGAGCUGUGGAGAGGAGGCUGCUGCAGCUGUGAGGGAGCUUCAGCUCAUCCUGCAAGCCCUAGGCACCUGUCAAGGCAACAUGUCUGAGGGCCAGCUGAGAGUAGAUGCCAAUGUGUCCGUCCACAGACCAGGUGAGCCCCUGGGCAUCAGAACAGAGGUGAAGAACAUCAACAGUGUCCGAUACCUGGCCCGGGCUAUAGACUAUGAGAUCCAGAGACAGAUUGACAUCCUGCAGAGAGGGGGGACGGUACAAAAUGAGACCCGUGCCUAUGAUGCCAAAUUAGGGGAGACCAUUCCUAUGAGGGACAAAGAGGGUCUUCAGGAUUACAGGUUUAUGCCAGAGCCCAACCUGCCCCCUCUGAUUGUGUUUGAGGAUAAUGCAUCGCUGCCCGCUGGCAUUGAUGCGUGCCAGGCGGUGGUGUUGCAGAAGAUAAGGGAAGGGCUGCCAGAGCUACCUAGUGUCAAAAGAGACAGGCUGGUGCAAAUGUACGGCAUCCUGCCCGAGCACAGCUUCACUCUGGUGAACGAGGACGGGCUGAUGGAGUACUUUGAGGCGGUGCUGAAGGAAACCAAAGCGGGGCCAAGGAAGGUAACUGGCUGGGUGACAAACGAGCUGUUGGGUCAGCUCAGACAGCAAGACAUGAGUGUGGCCCAGAGCCUGAUAUCACCUCUUGCCUUGGCUGAGCUGCUGGAACUCCAGGAAACAGGGCACAUCUCCUCUUCAGUUGCCAAGCAGGUGUUCCAGGAGAUGUGGUCAUCGGGUAAGACGGCCUUGCAGAUCAUCCAGGAGCAGGACUUGGGGCUCAUUAGUGACACGGCACAGCUGCACAGCAUCUGUCAGAAGGUGGUGGAUUCACACCCUGAUGAGGUUCAUGCCAUCAGAAAUGGAAACAAGAAAGUUCUAAACAAGUUAAUGGGCCUGGUAAAGAAAGAGACCAGAGGUAGAGCCGACCCAGUUCUGGUGAGGAAAAUUUUGCAAGAGGAGACUUCGUGAAGGUUGAACUGCUCUGCGAGACCCAGACCCAUAUCACAGCCAUUUGUGCAAAGAAAGAUACGACAGUGAUGUAGAUCUUUAUGAAGAAGCUCAUAUGGAGAGUAUAUGGCAGAUUAUAUGGUACCUGCUCUUCUGUGGGUGGAUCAAACUAAUGAUGGCCAAGCUGAAAUGAAGAUACCAUCCUUGGUUCCUGAGAGGUUGACAUUUUUGUAAAUACUGUACAUUUCCACCAGACAACAGCCAUUAUCUUCUGUAAGUGCUCAAAAAGUAAUAUAACUCAUUAUAUCACCAUCUGGUUUAUUUAGUCAAAAAGCAUACGUGAUUCAGCCGAGUACAGUAAAUACAUGUUUUUAUGUACUAAUAAACAGAUAAGACCUGAUGAGUCUUAAAAACAGGUGCACUGAUUAACAGUGGAAAAACAAAAUUAAUAUUUAAGAUAAAUUUAAUAAUCAUGUCAAAUUGGAAGCAGUCUUCUAAACCCACCUGCUUAUUUGGUAUUCAGUAUAACCUUUUCAGUACAAGAUGGCCAUUUCCAUACUGCCCAUAAUGGUCAUCUGUGAGGCCAGAAGAUGAAAUUGCUGUUGUGAUGAAUGCUUUCUUAUCAGGAGAGGCAACAGACUUAUCUCAGAUAUCCAGGCAUGAAAGUGAUCAGUGAGCUCCCUCUUGUGGUUGAAGCAUGUUAUUUGUCCUGUUGUGCAUUAAAUAUGGAUUCUUUAUGGCAAUGGGGUGCAGCUC